AUGGAUACCUUCAUGGAUUACAAUCUUGAGCGGGGAGAAGAAAUCGCCCCUGCCCUUCUAAAAGCAAUCGAGAGAUCUGUUAUUUCCGUGGUCGUUUUCUCAGAAAACUAUGCUUCUUCUCGAUGGUGCCUGGACGAACUUGUGCAUAUACUGGAAUGCAAGAAAAAGUACUGUGGACGACAUGUGAUACCCAUCUUUUACGAAACAGUUGUAUCAGAUAUACGACACCAGAGCGGGAGUUAUGAGCUUGAAGAACGUUUCAAGGAUAGAACAGAGACUGAGCGUCUUCAAUGGAAGGUUGCUUUGAUCAAAGCGGCUAAUCUAUCUGGGUUUGAAUCAACUUCGUUCAGGGAUGAUGCCCAAUUAGUCGAGGAAGUUGUCCAGCUUAUUUUGACUUAUCUGAGUUAUGAGUCCACGAGUUAUGAAUUAAAUGGUUUCGUUGGAGCUGGAAGUCGAGUUGAGCAAAUUGAAUCCUUACUAUGUAUUGUUCCUCAAGAUGAUCGUGUUCGCUCUGUAGUUAUUUGGGGUAUGGGAGGUAUUGGGAAGACCACCCUUGCUAAUGCUGUUUUUCUCCGUCUUUCUUCACAAUUCGAUGCUUGCUGCUUUCUUCCAGAUGUUAGAGAAGGUUCUGAAACCCAGAAAGACCUAAAAGACUUGCGAAACAAGCUUCUUCAUGACUUAUUGGGGGACAAAACUCUUGAUAUCCAGAGCAAAACUAUAGACCGUACUACAGCAGUGAAACUCAGCCGCAAAAGAGUCCUAGUUGUUCUUGAUGACGUUGACAAGUCAAGCCAAUUAGAGAUGUUAGCUGGACGUGAUGUUACGUUUGGCUCAGGAAGUAGAAUCAUAAUAACAACUAGAGAUAUGCAACGAGUUAGAGAGAUGGAAGUACUGAAGAAGGGAGGUAACUAUGAUGUUGAGAUAUAUGAGGUUAGGAAAUUAAACGAUGAUGAAGCUCGUCAGCUCUUCAAGUUGAAUACCUCUGCAGGUAUUUAUUCUGAAUUAGAUUCUACGAAUUUGGUAACAAGCUUGGUAGCUUAUGCUGCAGGCUGUCCCUUGGCCCUUAAAAUCUGGAGUUCCUUGUCCAAUGAACUUUCUUGGGAUGAGAUGACAAAAUCUGUAAACGAAGACAUGGGGAGCAUUUAUAGAGUGAGUUAUGAUGUCUUGAGAAAAAAUGAGAAGGAAAUAUUUCUUGACAUCGCUUGUUUCCACAAAGGGAAGCAAAUAAAUGAUGUAAGAGGACAUUUAAAUUGCCGCAGAUUAUCUGUGGACAGCGGAGUUGCUGAUCUUAUUCGUAGGUCUCUCAUAGAACUAAGAGAUAAUUGUCUAUGGAUGCAUGAUGUGAUACAAGAAAUGGGCCGCGAAAUCGUCCGUGAAAAAUGUCCUGAAGAGCCUGGAAACCGCUCCAGGUUAUACAAUCUUAAGGACAUCUGCCAUGUAUUGGAAAAUGAUACGGGAACUGCAACAAUUGAAACCAUCUCCAUACGCUCCUAUGUGCUUAAUAGUUUAAAGUUGACCCCUAGAGUUUUUGGAAAGAUGUACAAUCUAACAUUCCUAGAUCUUUAUGGGUUUGGACGGUUUGGCAAAUUGGAACUUCCUGAAGGCCGUCUCGAGUCUCUUCCUAAUGUCCUUAGAUAUCUGUCCUGGCCGAAUUUUCCUUUGGAAACUUUGCCAUCAAAGUUCUCUCCAAGCUGUCUUGUUGAGCUUCAUAUGCCCUAUAGCAAACUCCAGACACCAUGGAAUAAAGACCAGAACCCUUGGAACCUAAAAAAAAUCGAUCUUAGCUACUCAGCGAAGCUGGUUGAUGUUCCAUACCUCACAGCGUGUCUUGAGAGUAUCAAUCUUCAAGGCUGUGAAAGUUUGGUUCAUGUUCCAAAUCUCUCGGAGAGUCUAAACAUUGUGAGUAUAAACCUUCAAGAGUGCAAGAAGUUGGUUGAGGUUCCUUCAUAUUUUGAAAAGCUUCACAAGCUUACUGUUCUAAAUCUGAAGGGGUGCCUGCUUCUAAAAUGUAUUCCAGAGAUGCCAAGCAAUAUGGAAAUUUUACUUAUAGGUGGUCAGAAAUCAACAAUUGAUUAUCGCACCAAGGAUCUGAUGGAAUUGUCUGCAUUGCCUUCAUCAAUUUGGUCUCUUAAGAAGCUUGUCGAAUUGGAUCUUAAUUGGUGUUACCACAUUAAGAAUCUUCCAAGCAGCAUACAAAUGUUGCAAUCCCUCACAUCUCUUGAUUUGUCUCGAACGAGUAUAGAAGUUCUUCCCGGAAUUUUUAGAGCCUAUGGAAUGUGUGAAGACUCUCCGUUUAAGUCAAACGAAGAUUGA